UUCCUUCACCUAUUAAAAAGGAAAGCGUGAACUGAAGCAGUAAACCCUAAAACUCCCAAGCUGAGAAAAAAAGAGAGAGAGAGAGAGAGAGAGAGACCAAGUUUUGGAGGUUUCAGUGCGUAACUCAAGAAUCAAGAUGAUCAUCCCUGUCCGCUGCUUUACCUGUGGAAAGGUGAUUGGAAACAAGUGGGAUGCCUAUCUUGAUCUUCUCCAGCUCGACUACACUGAAGGGGACGCACUUGAUGCGCUCAACUUAGUUAGGUACUGCUGUAGGCGUAUGCUCAUGACUCAUGUUGAUCUGAUUGAGAAGCUUCUCAACUACAACACUCUGGAAAAAUCAGACAACUCUUAAGAAAAGAGUAAGUAGGAAGAUGCAAAUCGUCAGAGGCCUAUAUUCUAAAAAAACAUGUAUGAAACUCUCUGUGUUUGGUUUAGAAACUUCAAUCAAUCCGAGUCAUAUGUUGGUUUUAGACCGACGUUACCAUUUUGUCAUAUGUAUGUCAAUGCCUCUACUACUUGUUAUUAAUUUUUCUGAGCUGAAAGAUCUGCUAUCGUUCUAAGGAAUUCAUCUUUUCAUUA